GAAGUUGAUAUAGAGUGACCCGGAAGUGGCGCAAGGGGGCCGCCAUGGCGGCCGCCGGGGCGCGGGCGGCGGCGGCGGCCGCGCUGGAGGUGGCGGUUCCGCGGGACGUGGUGCUUUUCCGGCACGAACGGGGCCGGUUCUUCCGCCUGGCCGGUUUCUUCUGCGCGGGGCAAGGCCUGUUCUGGACCUACCUGGCUCAUUUCGCCUUCACGGCCCUUCGUCCCGCCGCCGGACCCGGCCCCGACGAUCCGCUCCGACCCCGCGAUAACAAAUGGCGGCUCGGCUUCACCGCCUCCUGCCUCACCCUCGGCUCUCUGAUCGUGGCGGCUGGCAUCCUGUUCCCCCUUCGCGCCGUCCGGCGGGUGACGUUGCUGCGGGGGGGCGCGGAGGUGGCCAUCAGCACCCACGGGCCCCUGGGGCUGGGCCGGGGUCCCACCCUGACCGUCCCCUUGCGCCACGUCUCCUGCCGGGCCCAUCGCUCCGAGGUGCCGGCCGCCCUCCCCCUCAAGGUGAAGGGCCGCCCCUUCUUCUUCCUGAUGGACAAGGGGGGGCAGCUCUGCAACCCCCGGCUCUUCGACCUCACCGUCGGCGCCUACCGCAAGCUCUAGGGGUUUUUUUCGGGGGAGGGGACACACAACACAACAGGAACUUUGUCGCCUUGUCACCCCCCUUUGUCACAUCCCAAUAAAACCCUGAGCUGCCUG